AGAAGUUGGUGCGAGUAUAAUAAAGAAUCCCUUACGUCGAUUUAAUAAUGGGCACUAGGUUGUUCGAAAUUGCUGUGAUAAAAAAUAACUGCGAGUUAAAAACUGAAAGCAUAUUUUCAAAAAUAUUGGGUCUACGUACCGAGUCCAAUCAACGUUAUACCUGGGAAUUGGGCGUUUUCUGGCACAUUUUUUCAACGACAUUACGCGAAACUGUUUUAAAUGAAAUUCUUUUUUGUUUCAGAGGUGCCGGUGGAGGAGGCAUGUUUGGUGAUGUCAAUAUAUCAGCCAUUUUGGAUUCAUUUAGUAUAAGUUACGACAAAAGAGUAAGGCCUAACUAUGGAGGACCACCCGUGGAAGUGGGGGUUACCAUGUACGUGCUCUCCAUCAGCUCUCUGUCUGAAGUGAAAAUGGAUUUCACGCUGGACUUUUACUUCAGACAGUUUUGGACCGACCCACGGUUAGCGUACAAAAAACGAACAGGAGUUGAGACAUUAUCUGUUGGCUCCGAAUUCAUAAAGAACAUAUGGGUGCCCGACACGUUCUUUGUGAACGAAAAGCAAUCUUAUUUUCAUAUAGCCACAACCAGCAACGAAUUCAUACGUAUACACUAUUCUGGCUCUAUCACUAGGAGUAUCAGGUUGACGAUCACCGCCUCCUGUCCCAUGAAUCUGCAAUAUUUCCCAAUGGAUCGACAAUUAUGUCACAUAGAAAUCGAAAGUUUCGGCUACACCAUGCGGGACAUCCGCUACAAAUGGAACGAGGGGCCCAACUCUGUGGGUGUUUCCAGCGAGGUGUCGCUGCCGCAGUUCAAGGUGCUGGGCCAUCGUCAACGUGCUAUGGAAAUCUCCCUUACAACAGGAAACUAUUCAAGAUUGGCAUGUGAGAUACAAUUCGUACGUUCUAUGGGGUAUUAUCUCAUCCAAAUUUACAUUCCGUCUGGUUUGAUUGUCAUCAUAUCGUGGGUGUCAUUUUGGUUAAACCGAAAUGCUACACCAGCCCGCGUGGCUCUAGGUGUCACCACUGUAUUGACGAUGACGACGCUUAUGUCCUCAACGAACGCCGCUCUGCCCAAGAUAUCAUACGUCAAGUCCAUUGACGUCUACCUGGGAACAUGCUUCGUGAUGGUCUUCGCCAGUCUUUUAGAAUACGCCACGGUCGGAUAUAUGGCAAAGAGAAUCCAAAUGAGGAAGCAAAGAUUUGUAGCUAUCCAAAAAAUAGCAUCGGAAAAGAAAAUUCCCGUCGACUGUCCACCUGUGGGUGAUCCUCACACGUUAUCCAAGAUGGGUACUCUCAGUAGAUGUCCGCCUGGAAGACCCUCGGAAGUAAGAUUUAAAGUGCACGACCCAAAGGCACAUUCUAAAGGAGGAACUUUGGAAAAUACCAUAAAUGGCGGCAGAAGCGGCGCCGAAGAAGAAAACCCUGGCCCUCCACCCCACAUACUUCAUCCCGGCAAGGACAUAAGCAAAUUGCUCGGUAUGACGCCUUCGGAUAUCGACAAGUACUCGCGCAUAGUGUUCCCCGUCUGCUUCGUAUGUUUUAACCUCAUGUACUGGAUCAUAUACCUUCACGUAUCUGACGUCGUGGCUGACGAUCUGGUUCUACUGGAAGAGGAUAAAUAGAGGGCUCUGUAUAUGGAUCCACUUAUUUUUCCACAAUUCUUCCUUAUAAUAAUUUGAAACAAGCUUGAACUAGAGAUCUUGUAUAUUUAACAUAAUUGCUUCCCUCAUCGGUUGACAGAAAUGACACCUUGUGUAAUUUCACUUACAUUCGGGAAAAAAUAUACUCGCAAAAUGAGUUUGUAGAUAUUGAUAUUUAUUAAACAUAGAAGUACUAAACGUAAUGUAACAAAGUUGUAAAUACUUGAAAGGUACGAAUAAUUAUGGGCGAUAUAGUAUAAGAUCUAGGUGUUUUUCUUGGAAUCUAAAGUAGAAUCCAAACGACUGAACUUUUAUGUCAUUUCGGCCAAGUCGCAGGAAAUGACGUGUACUUUGUAUUAUUUAGUUAAAUACCAGUAGAACGUAAGUUUCUUAGUCUGUCAAGGGAAUUAUAAAAUAAAGUUAAAAAAAAAAACAUGAGUAGCCAUGGUCAACAAGCAAAUAUAUUUGAAAAAUUUAACUGUUUGUGUUCAAGACAGAUUACAAUUCAUGAUUAUUUUUAUUUCAAUGCUUUUUCGAGCAAAAAUUGCGUCUACCCGGGAAAAAUUAACCAUAAAAGUUCCUAAAUUCAGAAUGGGGGAAUUUGAUUUUGAAUAGUUGUAUAGAAUAAAGUUUCAAAUUAUUAUGUGUGGUAAAAUGAGUGGAGUAGAUAAAAAAAUUAGUAAUACGAAUCUGAUGCUCAAACUCUGCUUGAAUUCAAUUAGUUUUAGUAAAUUUUUGUAACUAUGUCAUAAAAUUAGUGAUUUGUUUAUUCUUUGCUGAUAUCGUUGUAAUAAUACCAUUAGGAGUUUUCUUUUAACAGUAGUUGCAGACCAUUUUAAUAAUUCUAAACUAUUUUAUUUGGAAUCGUAGCUUUAUUUUUUAACUUGUUAAUGUUAAUUAAUGAAUGUUUAAGCAAGUGACUUUGCUUUUCAUCAAAGAAUGCACGUUGAAUUUUGAUAUUUAAUAUAUUGUAAAUGUUUUAUUGUGUUAUUUUGUUACCGUUAUGGAUACAAUGCGUAAUUAUGUCAGAAAUCAAGUGCAUUCCAUUAUCCUUAUACAUAUCUUCUACACGAAUCGGAACAGGUAACUAUCCACCAGUUUCAAUAAAUUAUAUUAUUAUUUUUAUCAUUAUAACGGAACAAACCAGUUCUAUUAGAGGCAUGAUGCAGUCGCCAAAUCUAACAAAAAUUGUAAACCCCAGCAUGUAUAUUCCCAUUUUCGUAACAUCUAACUUUUUUCCAAAUUUCUACAUCUGUUACGUUUAGCUUAUAAUUUUAUAUUAUUUAUACAUAAGAAUAAAAUUUCCUAGAAAACGGACGAAAGCAUUGGUUUUAACUGACUCAGGUAUAUUCUGCUUUAUCCUCAUCAAUAUUUGUUUUAUUGAUCUUGUUAAAAGCUAUUCGUUCAUUAUGCAUUUAAGUUCAAAAAAUAUGAUUAACUUCGAGUUUAAAUUAUACAAAAAAGAAAAAACAUUCGUUGUGUCAUAUAUUUCGUGAUCAAGAAAAUAACGUUAUAACGAAAGAAAAAACGAUACCACUAGUAAGUAGCUUGUUUUAAAGUACGAAACGACAGAUAUAAAUAAAUAUAUGAGUAACUACUAAAUAAUAAUUUUAACAAGUAUACAAAAUAAAUCAAUACCGCCUUAUAACAAGGCUCGCUUCAAAAAAUCCUUUGCUUAACACCUGAUCUUAACAAUCAAUAUAUUGCGCCAAGCGUCGAAGAUAGUCUUAAUAGAGUGUACUCAUAAUCUCACGAAUAUGAAUUCGCUCAUUAAACGGCGCAUUUCCUUCAAGUAAGACCUGACCCUUAAUAGUUGAAAAAGCUCAAGGCGCGCUAAAUGCUUAUUCGUUUUGGGUUCGUUGCGUAAGUAACUCGUAUAUAGAUCAUUGCGUUCCCGAGCAAUUCCCCUCAAAAAUGUCAAGCCCUAUUUUGGUUAAACCUCAGUGAG